UGCUGCUUUUGAAGAGAGGAGGCCGCUGUCUUUGCUGCUUCUUUCUGCCGGCUGUAUCCGGACAGAGUUGAGCUUCCUGGGUCAGAAGGGCGAGGGGGCUUCUGCUGAAUCCAUAGUGACCUGGGCUCGCCCCCACCCUGGCUCUUGCCGCUUGCCCCCCCGAGGGGACGCCCCUGCAGCCCAGGUGCCCGACCAAGCACGGGACCCAGCUCCGGCUGGAAGCAGCAGCAGCUACUCUACCCCGCCCUGGGGGAGGAGGAGCAGGAGGAGGAGGAGGUGGCAACCCCGGGCUCGCUUUCCAUUAACCCCUUAACAGCUGGAAACUCCAGGGCUGAAAGAGAAGGGUAAAUAAGAGGAAGCCCCCCCGCCCCGUCUCUGGAGGGAGAGGGACCCACAGGAGGGAGGGCGAACCGAGGCUGCAUCUUCCUGCAUGCUUCCUUGAGAGCAAGCCCCGUUGAAUUCAGUGGGUCUUCCUUAGAACCAUAAGAAGAGCUCUGCUGGAUCAGAUCAAAGUUCCGUUUAGUCCAGCAUCCUGUUCUUGCCAUCGUGGCCACCUAGAUGCCUCCAGGAAGCCACAAGCAGGGCAUGCUGGUAACAGCCCUUCUCAUCUAUUUUCCUGCAGCAACUAGAAUUGCUGCAUAUUGCCUCUGUACAUGGAGGUUCUGUGUAACUGUCAUUGCCAAUAGCUAUUGAUAGAUGUGUCUAUUUUCUUUUGAAACCAUGUAAACUAGUGGUCAUCACCACAUCUUGUGGCAGCGAACCCCAUAAAUUAAUUAUGCAUUGUGUGGAGAAGUAUUUUCUUAUGUCUGCCCUGAAUCUUUUGCCCAUCAAACUUACUGGGUGUCCAUGCAUGGAAUACAGUAAAAGCCAGGGACAAAUUAGACCUAGCAUGUGAAAGUUCCUGAUUGGAUUUCCUGAUGCAAAAGCAGCUUGUGGGCAAUUUGGGCUGGGAUUGUGCAGGAAGGACAUAACUCUUUGGCCUCACACUGAUUCUGUGACAUAAACUGCCAUCACCCCUGAAGCUGCUCUUAUUCAUGGAGGAAUAUAUCUGUGGCAAUUUUGCCUUUCCAUAACAACUUCAGGUUGUGUGUACGUGUGAUUUCGAUCAGGGCCACAGUGUGGGAGGAAACUCUGCACUGCAGGUCCGGUCCCACUGCUGCUUAGAAGAAGAAGAAGAAGAAGACACUCUUCCAGUAAUGGACCUCACACAUCGUGUCUAGGGGUUGGCAACCCUUCCGGAAGCACCUCUGCAUAUCUCCUGGAGACUGACAUCAUGCAGGAGAACUACGAGAACGUGAUCUCACUGGGCUCCAGGCAUUCACAAAAACAAAGACAAACAAGACCAGCAGAGGAGAUUGCAAUCAGCUGGCCCCGGAUAACUGCCUUUGCUGAGUCCCACAGAAGAAGAGGACUAGUGUCUGACAUGGAGUCCGAACAGAGCCAAGCGGAACAGGCUCAGGUGCAGGACGCGGCAGCACCUGGCCCAAGUGAAGGUGGGAUGAAUGCUGACCUCCGGCGGCAGCUGGGCCUCAUCCUGCAGACUGCUGGUAGGAGCCAGGUGGAGAAGAUGCUGAGGGAGCUGGUGAAGGAGCAGAGCCAGGAGGGCAAGCGCAAAGUUCGGAAGAAGGUGCCCAAGAGCUCCAAGGAAGAAGCUGCCGAGGGGUACGAAGAGGAACUCCAUCCAGAGGAGGACAGCUCAGAGAAGGCGGAGCCACCAGGCUCCCCAACAGGGAGGUCUGAAGGCCCAGAUGAGGGGGAAGCCAGCGGGAGUCAGUGUCAGCUGGACUCAGAGGAGCACCAGUUGCCGCAAGCACCAGCAAUACCUCAACGGAAGGGGAAAAUCUCUAAGAAGUUCAAAGACCGGCCCGCAGCCUCGGCCACAGCAGAAAGGCCAGGCGUGUGCACUGAGUGUGGGAAGAAGAACUUGAGUGGGGGCGGGCGAGGCCACAGCAUUCCCACAGCAGAAAGACCACACCAAUGCGCCGAGUGUGGACGUUGCUUCCGGCAGCGCUCCAUCCUGGCCAAACACCAAAAGAUCCACACCGGCGAGAAGCCUUAUCCCUGCAUGGCCUGCGGCAAGCGGUUCAACCGCAGCUCCAACCUGGCGCAACACCAGCGUGUGCAUACGGGCGAGCGCCCGUUCCCCUGUGCCGCUUGUGGCAAGGCCUUCACCCAGAAGUCUGACCUGGAGCGGCAUCAGCGCGUGCACACCGGCGAGCGCCCCUACGCCUGCCACGACUGCGGCAAGAGCUUCUCCGUCAGCUCCCACCUCGACCGGCACAAACGCACCCACCAGCACAGCCACCAGGAGGAGCCCCCUUCUGCCACCCCGGCCCCAGCCGCCCACCGCUGCCCGGAUUGUGGGAAGUGUUUUGUGCAGCGCUCGGCUCUCUCGAAGCACCGCAAGACUCACUCCGGAGAGCGCCCUUACCCAUGCAAUGCCUGUGGCAAGCGCUUCAGCCGCAGCUCCAACCUGGCGCAGCACCAGCGCAUCCACACCGGGGAGCGCCCGUUCCCCUGCCGUGACUGCGGCAAGCGGUUCAUCCAGCGUUCCGACCUGGAGCGGCACCAGCGGGUACACACCGGAGAGCGUCCUUACACCUGCGCUCAGUGCGGCCGGGGCUUCUCCGUGAGCUCCCACCUCGACCGGCACCAGCGAGUCCACCAAGCGCAGGCGGCGGCGGCAGCUGCACACCGUUGCCCCGAACAUGUGAAGGGCUUCCUUCUCAGCACGGGGGGCAAGCAGCUUCUCAAGCACCAACUGUACAGCGGCAAGGGACGUCUCACGCGCAGCGGCCACUGCUUGGACUGCGGCAAGAGUCUGGGCAAAAUCCUGCCGCAGCCACCCGCCCCGCCGGUCGAGAAGCCCUUCAAGUGUGAGGAUUGUGGGAAAGCUUUUGCCCAGCGCUCGGCUCUGGUGAAGCACCAGCGCAUCCACACGGGGGAAAAGCCUUUCUCCUGCGCGGACUGCGGCAAGGCCUUCAUCCAGAAGUCCGACCUGACCAUCCACCAGCGCAUGCACACGGGCGAGAAGCCGUACCGCUGCGACGCCUGCGGCAAGUGCUUCAGCGUCAGCUCCAACCUGCUCACCCACCAGCGGACCCACCUGGGCGAGAAGCCCUACGCCUGCGGGGACUGUGGCAAGGCCUUCAUCCAGCGCUCAGAGCUCACCAUCCACCAGCGCACCCACACUGGGGAGAAGCCCUACAAGUGCAGCAUCUGCGGCAAAUGCUUCAGCCGCAGCUCCCACCUCAACCGCCACCAGCGCACCCACAGCAAUGACAAAGCCUCUGCCGGCACUGGGGCAGCCCCCGCCACGUUGCUUGCAGCUGGCACUGCCAAGCCUGCCCCUCCUCUGCCCGCCUCUGCUUUCUCGACUUCCUUCCCGUCCCCGAGCCCUCUUCCUGCCUUGCCUUCCUUCCCUUCCUCCCCAUCACCCCUCCCUAUCCCAGCUUUGGACCUGCCCUGGCCUCUUUCUUUUCCAUCCCGUGGCUUUUCCCAUCUAUCUUUCCCUUCUCCAGCCCCUAGUGGGGCCCAGACUUCAUCUCUCAUGAACUAGCCCCUUCCCUUUCGAUUUGCUCUCCCCAUUGCCUCCUGGUGUUGUCCUGUCUAAUCUAACUCGCCUCCCUAAUUCUUUCCAGCCUUCCCCUUUUUAGCCUGCUUCCUUAUUGAAGGAGCCCCAUUUUGCCCCAUACCACAUGUUCUCCAUUAUGAUUACUUUGGCCAUACAGGCUGAAGCCUGGAUUACUAUGAUCCGUCCACGUGGUGAAUGCCACUCAUCACAGGCCACCCCAUUGGUGGUUGGUUACUUGCAUGGGAUGAAAUGCCACUAGUACCAGGGAAGACUCUGGUAGUGAUGAGACUGCACUGUGUGAAUGAGCUCUUCCUGUACUGAGCUGGAGAGUCAAAUUACACCAUCAACAGCCUUUGCUUUUACAUGCAGGAAAGCUUUUCUAACGGUGGUGGUGGUGGUGGGGAAGCAUGCGAAUAUCUAGUCUCCUCUCUGACCUCACCCACAAUCUGAAAUGGUGAAGCCCAACAAAAGCCAAACCACCUGAUUGCUCUGGCCAUGUGUUUUGGCCGCUGAGGUUGUGACAGUUGCUCAAUGGAACUAUUGUGUGUGUGUGUGUUUCUGUUAAUGAGGAACAGUGAGACAGUCUGCUCAAAUGCUGCAUUUUUGGGGCUGCCAACAGAGUGAUAAGAUGCCCCCUGCUGCCUCCCCUGCCUCUCUCUGCUGUCCACCACCCACCAAAGUUGGAGCAGCUCUUCGCUGAGCGGUGGCUUAGCUGCUGCUCAGCAAACAACCGCUCUGAGAUGGUUGGUCUUCUGCUGCCGCCACCUCCUCCUCCUCGCCUGACAUACACACACUUACCUCCAUUGCACCAGGAUAAUAACAAAGCUGUGUUAUUUUGUAUUAUCCUGUUACAACUGUGUGAACAAAAGGGGUGGAAAUCCAAAAAAUGCACUCUUGCACUCUUACCUCCCUUGCACCAGGAUAAUAACAAAAAGGGGGAAGGAAGCGGAAGAGGUAAUAAUGAAAGAGCAGUAGAAUACUCCAAGACCCUCUUCCUUCACCUUCUCGUUACUAGUCUGGGGUGAGAAGAGUAGGAGGUGAGGAGGAAGAGAUGGAAAAGGUGGUGGUGGAGCAGGGUCCACACCUGUUUAGGAAACUGGCAAUAACUCUUGCCUAGAGACCUGAAGGCCUGGAAAAAUUAAGGGAAAAGUGGGGUUAAGUAAUGUGUUUCCCCAAAGCCUCCAGACAUUUUGGUGAAAAAAGGGAAACAGUUGUCCUCCUUCCAACUGCACCGCCCCCCCCCCCCGCCCUGGCCUUCACAUCUCUACACUUUCCACUGCAAACAAAAAAAGAAGCAUUAACAAGGGGUGGGGGGCAGCAUUUGGUUCCCUGUUUCAGACACACUGAGGUCUUGGAUCACCACUGGGAAUGAUGGACUCCACUGACUACAUCCCACUGCACAAUUUAUUUUGAUUCUCUUGCUCACAAGAUCACCUAUCACAGAAGUGUUGUCCCUUAAUCUUUUGUUCACACAAUGCUGAAAGAGUGAGAAAAUGAAAGGGGGAUCUCAUUCUGCUCUUCUAAACUGUGCCCCCCUUUGGACAUAAUGGCAAACGUGGCUCCAAUGUACCCACAGUUUGUCUCCAUCCACCCUCCCCCGUUCACUCGCAGAUGAUCACAAUUCCAGUCUGGGAGCUAGCAACAGGGUCGGGACUGGCUGUGCAGGCUUCCUGGAAGGACAGCCCGCGCCAGCCAAUAGCAUUGCAGCCCACGAGAGGAGCUUCCUCCCUUAACUCUGGUUGGGAGUUCAGUCCCAGAAGGGAUGACACAAGGGUGGCAAUGGAAACUUGGUUGGGUGAGUGAAACUCACUACAGACCAAAGAUUCAUUCCUAGGUUUGGGGGUGAAAUCAGAACUGCGGUUGGGUCCUGAAACCACGGUUCCAAUCAUACGAACAACAUCAGGGACGAACCUGAGGUGAGUUCACCUCAGGUAAGGUUCCCUAUGGAGUGGUGAUCCUAACUGAUAUGUUGGUGAAUGUGUUCCUGACUAAUCUAGUUAAAAUGGGACUGAGUAGAAAGUUGUGAGAUGGGAGGUCCCAUGACCAUAUACUUAUAGAGUGGAAGGAAUCUCGCCACAACUGUGUGAACAAAAAGGGUGGGGAUCCAAAAUAUCUUGGGAGACAACCAGUGUGUAUUGAAAUUACACCUUGAAGCCUAAAACAGUGGUGCUAACUGACGUCAGUGUUUAUAUAAGGGAGACUGUUCUUUAUUCCAGAUUAAUUAAUCAUUCUGGAACAAAGGGUGAGGAUUUAUCAAACUGCCCCCAUAAAUGCAUAUGGGGCAUUUCCUUUCCAUCCUGAGGAUCAGGUGCGUGCUUUCUUCUUUCCCAAUCAUUUUCUUUCCCUGUCCACAAGAUAGUCUGUCUUUUCCCUCCCCUUCAUUCUGCUACCUCUAGCUUUUCAUCUGACUUCCCUUCUAAUCAUUCAGCCUGAUCCCAGGCAUGUUUGCAUGGAAGUAAUUCCCUGUAAGUUGAAUGGGUCUUACUGCCAUAUAAGUGUACCUUGGAUAUCAGUUUCAGGUCCUUAUGUUGAGUCAUCUCCACUCUUGACAUUUCCACACCAACUGCUUCCAGGACGUCUUUUGUGAGGACAUAUCUGCAAAGGUUUACAUUGAUUUGGUAGUUAUUCCCUCUGCCCAGGAAAUCCUAGGAAGACCUGGUCUGCUCAUGUGGAAGAAUGAGGUAGGAAUGAAAUGGCAGAAUUCUGAGGCAGGAGACUGAACUAUACCAUUUUAGACUGUAGGUAUGGGAAUCCCAUUUUUUAAAUGCUCCUCUAACAAAUAGCUCCCUGCAAUUAAAAAACAAGCACAGAAGGAGAAGGGCUGAGCUACAAACCUCCUCCCUGAUGUUCUCGCUUAUUAGCUUGCAGGGUGUGGUUUUACGUGAGAGAGCAUUCCAAAAUGGCAUCUCCCACUUGCGGUCUAAAAUGGCACCGUCCACUCUGCUGCCUGAUUCCCAGCACAUACUGCUGCAUGUGGAGAUAAUGAUCAGGCCAAAUUCUGAUUCCCGGAGGGCAUUAGAGAUUUAACCAAGAAUUCUCAGCACUUUUCAACAAACAAUUUCCUUGAUACUUUGAGGGAAACGAUGACUGUUAAACUGGUAUCAGACCACAAGAAGUGUGUAAUGUAGACAUGCUCUUACUAGUGUUUCCAGAUUCCAGCUGGACCUUCCCUCUUAGCAUUGUGACGACUUGCUUUUGACCUUGGUACUGCUGAGCAAGGCACCUUCUCCCAUCCAGCCUUUCCCAGCAAACUGCCAUCACCUUGGUGCUGUAUAUAUUAGAAUGCACUUAUAGAAAGGAACCAUGAGAGGUGCUGCUUUGCAGAGCUUCAGCAUUUCAUACUUGAAGAAAUGGGAAAGACAGACUGAAUUUCAUUGGCUACUGAAUGAGAACAGAGCCCACGGCCCAGCCUCCUCUGGUCUCUGCAGCAAGGAACGUGUGCCUUGUCGCCAAAGGGCUGUGCCAUCUCUGUCCUGAAGAGCUCACAGCCUUUAGCUUGGAGAUGUCUGUGUUUUGGGCAAAGUUGUAUGUAUCCUGCUGAGACCUCCCGUGGGAAAAGGCUCUCAAGUUCUCCAGGUUCAAAAUGUUCAUUAUCAACCAUCAGAGUUGUGAAUUUCAACAAACCAAAUUUCUGAUGAACUGUUUCACACCUACAGUACGCACAUUGCUGCCUUUUUAAUUGUUGUUGUUGUUGUCGUCAUUGUCAGGUUUUUUGUACUAAGUGUAAAGUUGGCCAAUUUUUUUAUUAUUAUUAAUGCUGAUGGAAUUUUUCUUGGGGUGGAAUUUCUAAACUGUGAAGAAAAUAAAUGAGGAAGAAUGUUGGAAAGUC